CCUAAUUCCUAAAUCCUAAUUUCUAAUUCCCAACUACAGUCCGCAACCAUCAGCUUUCAAGCCCUUCACUCUCGUCUUCGAGUCUUCUCCGGUUCCCCCAGCCGACUAAGCCACUCGCCGUCGUCGCCGAGAGCCCGCGACGCAGUCACUCCGCCGGCGGCGCUUCCUCCUUUCUCAAUCUGUGUGCGAAUUGAAAGAGGGAUUGAUGUACUUGCUUGCGAAUCUUAACUACAUACAACACCAUGAUCACAUUAGAACUUAAAGAUAAUUCAAGUGCUUAAUCUUCGUAAAAUAAUUACUUAUUUACUCUGUAAAAACCACCAGGCAUCGAAUCUGAAUCACCUUUCUUCUCUGAAACUCUAGAGACACUGUCUCACCCAUCGACGAAUUGAUGUUGGCCGUCCGGUACUUUUCCCGUCGCUCACCUUUACACUUCUACCCCUGCAAACCGACCCAUCCAUCCUUCUUCUCCGUCUUCUUUUCUGGUCACGCUCACACCAAAGCCUUAGAAAACCCCAUUCUGUAUAACUACCUGAUUGACAACUUUAACUACCCCAAAUCCAAAGCCCUGACAAUUUGCACUCGCAUGCCGUGGAUCAAAACCCUUGAAAAGCCCGAAUCCGUCGUACAUUUCUUUAAAUCCAUAGGAUUCUCCGAUGCCCAUAUCCAAUCCUUAAUCCGCGAUGUGCCUCAGCUCCUUUCUGCUGAUAUUGAGAAGACGCUGAAACCCAAAAUCAAGCUGUUCCAGGACCUUGGUCUAUCCGGGCCCGAUAUGGGUAAUUUCAUGUGCAAGAAAGCCCAUUUGUUAACCCGUAGUUUGGACAACGUAAUUAGGCCGUGCAUUGCUGUUCUUAAGGAUAUACUUAGAAACGAUGUAGACAAUCAUCAUCUGUUUUUGGUUAUGCAAAGGUGUCUUUGGAUCGUCAUGAGAAGCCCCGAGGUGAGGUUACUUCCUAAUGUUGAAUAUUUGAAAAGUUGUGGGAUUGUGGGGACUCAACUUGCAACUCUUUUGAGGAGGCAGCCUAGACUCUUUAUCACGCCUUUACCCAAGCUCAAAGACCUGGUUUCCAAGGUUUUGGAUAUGGGGUUUUUGACUGAUUCAAAAAUGUUGGCUCACGGGCUUCAUUCUUUUAGUUGUGUUAGUGGUGGGACUUUUAGGAAGAAAUUGGGAAUUUUUAGGAGUUAUGGCUUCUCGGAGAAUGAGUGUAUGGGAAUGAUUAGGAGGUCCCCGACACUGCUGAGGACUUCGGAGGAGAAGUUGAAGCUUGGGAUUGAGUUUUUCUUGAACACAAUCGAAGCAGAGAAAUCUGUGUUGUUAUGUCGGCCUUCGCUGUUGAUGUUCAGCAUGGAGGAGCGGGUGCUUCCGAGAUACCAAGUUUUGAAUCUUGUAAACUCCAAAAUGCUUUUGAAGAAGGAACUGAGUUUUGUCCAGGCCUUGUUUUUAUCAGAGGCUGACUUUUUGGAAAAAUAUAUUGCAAGGUUCCCUGAGAUAGCCGAGGAAUUGUUGAUGGCUUACAAGGGCCAUCUUCUAGUUUCAAAUGGGUGUGGUGUACAUCCUCCAGUAAUCAUUUGAUGCGUCGUUUAAUUGGCUUGGCUUACUUUAUGGGGAAGAAACAGUCAAGAUUUCAGGGGUAUAUGACUUUGUAGAGCAUUUCACCUGGGUUGUUCCUGCAUUCUUCUUGGUGAAAAAGAACACGUCUAGACUUGCUAAGUGGGCUCAAAUGACACCUUUGUCAGGCUCUGUGACUCCCCUCGAGGGAAGGUCAUAGAAUCGAACCCCAAUGGUGGGGUUUUGACUCUUUGAGCUACAAUAGAUAACUUCUCUGUGCCUCUAUGACUAUACGGUGGAUAGCAUUAUUUUCCUCCACACAAACAAUAAUAGAAACUGCAAAUCCUCCAAUUCUUGAAAUAAAGAAGCUUGCAAUAUGAUGUGGCAAGAUUAAAAAUAUAUAUAUAUUUGUCAUGUCUUGCAACUUGCAAGUAUGGAAAGACUUGAAAAUUGAAAUGCUUGCAAACCUGACAAUGUAAAGUACACAUUCUUUCUCUUGA